UUAGAGGAUUAUAGUAAAGUACAUGUUGUAAUAGGAAAUGAAUCUUGUGAUAUAGAUUCUGCUAUAUCAUCACUAGUUUAUGCUUAUUAUCUUUAUACAAUUGAUGAAGAUGAAAGUGUUCUGUUUUUACCACUUAUGCAAAUUCCUCGCAGCAAGUUCCGAUUACGAUUAGAAGCUGUUCAUUUUCUGGAGAAAAUUGGAAUAGAACCGGAUAUUUUAUCUUUUUAUGAGGACAUUUCUUUAGAAGAAUUACAAACUAAAGGCAAAUUAUUAUUGACUCUAGUGGACCACCAUGUUCUAGCACCUAAUUUAAGUGACCUUGAAUCUAGCGUUGUGAAAGUUAUUGAUCACCGUCCUAUAUCUAAACAAUGGCCGACCAGUGUUGAAUGUAUAAUAGAACCAGUGGGAUCAUGUUGUACCUUAAUAGCCGAAGAAGUUGUAGGCAAUCCAGACUUCCCAUUUGAUGGCAUCGUUAAUGUUCUCCUUUAUGGAACAAUAUUGAUUGAUACCAUCAAUAUGUCACCAGAAGCUGGUAAAACAACAGAUAAAGAUACAUUAAUGAUACACAAAUUAGAAGAUACAUUAGAAGAAAUGGGUGUAGAUAGAGAUACAUUAUAUGAGGAUCUCAAUGAUGCCAAAUUUGAUUUAUCAGGUUUGACAACUUCAGAAAUUCUUGAGAAAGAUAUGAAAUUAAUUCAUGGAAAUAAUUUGAUUGUUGCUAUGUGUUCUGUUACCAUGGAGAUGAAGGAACUAUUUACAAGAUCUGAUUUGGAAUCAGAGUUAAAGAAAUUAAGUCAAGAAAAGAAUGCUGAGGUUGUUAUAAUCAUGACACUUAGUAACCAAGAUGGCAGUCCUACUAGACAACUAGCUCUAUAUAGUGAAAAUAGAAUUUAUAAACAACAGGUAUGUGUAGUUUUAUCAGUUAUCUUAUUUCCAAGUUUACAGCUAGAACUGAUACCAGCCCCUACUGAUAAUAUACAAGCUUAUAGUCAAGGCAACGUGCAGGCCUCCAGAAAAAAAAUCUUGCCAGUAAUAAAA